GUGGUAUCAGUCCUCCAACUUUGUUCUUCAAUACUGCGUGGACUAUUCUGGUAAUUUGUUCUUUUUUGUGUGGAGGAAUAUACUUUUGUAUGAAUAGACCACAAUUUGUUUAUCCAUUCACCAACUAGUAGACUUGGGGUUGUUUCAAAUUUUUGACUAUUAUGAAUAAAACUGUUAUGACCUGGGAGGAGGUACUCCCCUUACAGACUGAAGUUGUCCAAUGUGAGGAGGAAUUGAAUUCCCUGAAACAGAAGCUGGCGGUGGCCCUUUUGGCGGAGCAGGAACUGCAGCCAGAACGAGUGGUUCCGGUGUCGCCGCUACCGCGGAAGUCGGCACUGUCCCGAGAUGAGAUUCUGCGCUGUAGCCGGCAGCCAGUGCUGUCAGAGCUGGGCGUGCACUGACACGUGCUAGUCGUGCGCUGCGGUGGGCUCCGCUGUCCACUGGCGUAGUACUUGGCAGCGGCCGGCGUGGGCCGCUUUGGCCUUGUGGACUAUGACGUGGUAGAGAAGAGCAACCUGGCCCACCAAGUGCUACAUGGCGAGGCACUGGCUGGACAGGCCAAGGCCGCUUCGGCCGCCGCCUCGCUGCGCUGCCUCAGUUUGGCGGUGGAAUGAGUGUGGUACACUUAGGCCCUUAUGCCAGCCACUACCCUAGACCCGGUCCGCCGAUAUGAUGUGGUGGCCGAGUUCUCGGACAACGUGCCCGCUCGCUAUCUGGUUAAUGACGCAUGUGUGCCGGCGGGUUGGCCCCUAGUGUGCAGUGCCUUGCGCUUCGACGGCCAAAUCACAGUCUACCAUUAUGACGGUGGGCCUUGCUAUCGCUGCAUAUUCCCCCAGCCACCCCCAGCGGAGACAGUGACCAGCUGCGCGGACCGCGGGAUGCUGCGUGUGGUAACUGGGGUCCCGGGCUGCCUGCAGGCCUUAGAAGUGCUGAACAUCGCUGCGAAUCUCGGCCCCUCUCACAGUGGCAGCCUGUUGCUCUUUGAUGCCCUGAGAGGGCAUUUCUGCUGUAUUCGGCUGCGGAGCCGCUGGCUCGACUGUGCAGCUUGCGGGAAAUGGCCCGCUGUGACUGCUCUGCUGGACUAUAAAGCCUUCUGUGGCUCCUCAGCCACCAAUAAAUGCCACUCCCUACAGUUACUGAGCCCAGAGGGGAGUAUUUCUGUCACCGACUGUAAGUGACUUCUGGAUUCUGGGGCACCCCACCUGUUGCUGGGCAUCAGGCCUCAGAUGGAGGAGAACAUCUGUCAUUUGUCUCAUGCCCUACACAUCCCUCUGAAAUAUUUGGAACACAGGGAUGCGGAGAGCCUGAAGCUCUUAAGAGAAGAAGUCUGGGAAGGGAAGCAGGGCACACAAGAAGGGGCUGCUGUCCCCAUUUAUGUGAUUUACAGACUGGGAAAUGAAUCACAGAAAGCCGUGAAGAUCCUCCAGGCCUCAUCAGCAGCUCAAGAGUUAGACUCUUUAACAGUUUGGAAUAUUGUGGGGGACCUCAUGGCCUGGGCUGCCCAAAACGAUGGAACACUUCCACAGUACGAAGUCACUCCUGAAGCCAUUGGCUUCUUGUCUGCUGUUGGGGUCUUUAUUGUUCUUCUGGCCGUCCUCUUCCUCUUCAUCAACAAGAAACUGUGUUUCGAAACGAUAGGAGGCCUUCCUUUCCUGGAGCAUCGAGGGAAAAGAAAGCAAUCUAAAGACAAGACUGGGAUUCGCAAGGGGCUGGUCAACAGCUUUGGGGAUGACGAAGAGCUGUCCACAUCUUCCGACAGUGACGAGGAGGUGAUCAAACAAUUUGAGAUUUCCGUGUCCCGGUCCCAGAGUUUCCGUUCAGUGACAUCUGAGAAAGGAAAGCAGACAGGAUUGGAGCAGAAACCAAAAUUCAGCCGUUUGUUGUUGACACACGGAGAAGAUGGCACAGAAGUAUCUGCCUGCGAAGAUUUGGAUGGAGCCAGCCAACGGCGUUAUUCUGAGAAUCUCUCCUAUGGUGAAGAUGACCACAUCCCUGCUCACUCACAGUCCCCAUGUGAGAGGGGGGAUGCCAAACACCAUGGCACAUCUCACCAAGAGUCCAGUGUGGUCCAAAGCCUCAGGCGCCAAUCCACAGAGGGCAGCUUGGAGAUGGAGACAGCUUUUAAUAGCCGGGGAUUUGAAGAUUCCUAUGCCACUGACAGCUCCUCCAUGUGGAGUCCAGAGGAACAGGACAGGACCAAUUUGCAGGUGCCAUCCGGAGUCUCAGAGCCCAUCUCAAAGUGUGGUGACCUAGAUGUCAUCUUUGAAUAUAGAGCCUCCAGCCAGAAGCUCACAGUGACCAUUGUGAGGGCACAGGGCCUCCCAGAUAAGGACCGAAGUGGUGUCAACUCCUGGCAAGUUCAUGUAGUGCUGCUGCCUGGUAAGAAACAGAGGGGCAGGACGAACAUACAGAGAGGGCCCAACCCCGUCUUCAAGGAGAAGGUCACCUUCGCCAAGCUGGAGCCCAGAGACGUGGCUGCCUGUGCUGUCCGCUUCCGCCUGUACGCUGCCCGGAAGAUGACCCGAGAGAGAAUGAUGGGAGAGAAACUAUUCUAUCUCAGCCACCUGCACCCAGAAGGGGAAAUGAAAGUGACUCUGGUUCUGGAGCCAAGAAGUAAUAUAAGUAGUGGAGGGUCUCCGCUCAGCCCAUCUGCGGUUUCUCACAGUGAUAGUACUUCAUCCACGCAGUCGCUGUCUCAUGGAGGGGCGCCAGAGCUGUUGGUGGGGCUCUCGUACAAUGCCACAACGGGGCGAUUAUCUGUGGAAAUGAUCAAAGGCAGCCAUUUCCGAAACCUUGCUGUUAACCGAGCACCUGAUACAUAUGGAAAACUCUUUCUCCUCAAUUCUGUGGGUCAAGAGAUGUCCCGUUGCAAGACGUCCAUUCGGCGUGGUCAGCCCAAUCCUGUCUAUAAGGAGACCUUUGUCUUCCAGGUGGCCCUCUUUCAGCUGUCUGAUGUCACGUUGAUGAUUUCCGUUUAUAACAGGCGUACUAUGAAGCGUAAAGAGAUGAUUGGCUGGAUUGCCCUGGGCCAGAACAGCAGUGGAGAGGAGGAACAAGAUCAUUGGGAGGAGAUGAAGGAAACCAAAGGCCAGCAGAUAUGCAGAUGGCACACUUUGUUGGAAUCCUAGCAAACAGAUAAGAAGUAGGAGACAGGAUUGGCGUUGUAUCUAUGGUCAUCUCAAGGAGGGACAAGAUUGAGUGGUGAGAAGAUUAGAAUUUGGAUAAAUUCUAAGGCCCCGGCAUGACUCUACAGGGAACCAGGAAAGUGAUGUGUCUCUUCUUCGGUGCGAUUCUCCCUCUGAAGAUAGCUUUGGGCAACAUUUCUCUACUAGAUUUUUCAUCUUCCCUUCUUUAAUUUGGCUUACUGGCUACCCAAAUUGCCCACUUUGAUGUUCUAAUUAUCCCCCAUCCCCAAGAAAACAGCCCUAUUUAACAACAACAACAACAACAAAAGCAAUGUAAAACAUAAAAACAUAGCUUGAGUGAGAUAUGAAAAAUUAUGCAACCAAUUGGGUAAAUUUAUACUAAAGUGUACAUGUACACUAAAGUAUACUGAAGUGCUAAAACACGCACACCUCUAGUCUCCUUUGUGAAAAAUACCUUUGCUCUUCUGCAUUUUCGUUUUAAACAAGUUUACAUGUUGGCCUGAGGUUUUAAUUAGCUGUUGGACCAAAAUGAAGACUUUCUAAUUGUGUGAAGGACGUGUUUUAGACCACAAGAACAUUUUUUUUUUUUUCUCAAUCUGAGGCACCCUGCCAGUAGGCAGCCACAGACAACGCCAAAAGGAAUGAGACUCUGGGCUGAUUUUUAUGGAUUAGUUAAUAUAUUCCUCCUCAGAAUCUAUCAAGUGCUCAAACCUGCAGACACAAACACGAACAUACUAGGGAGGAGAGUCCCAGAAGGCAGAAGAUCCCGUACUGCUCGUCCCCAAACGCCUCACCCCGUCACACCCACGAACUCAUCCGGUUCUCCCUUCUCAGCGCCCUGCUCCAAGGCGAAGAGUAUCCCAGAGGAAGCAUCAGGGUCUAAAACAACAACAACAACAACAACAACAACAACAACAACAACAACACUGAGCCAAACACUGCUGCUUCCUUAGUCGAUGAAAGUGCCACCCCACCCCUCUCCCCAAACCCAACCUCCGUAGGGGACAUCGAGCCAAGGCCUGCAGCGAGUGACCUGCCGGUGGAGGCGCGGGGCCGCUCACCUACCCGGGCCCGUGGCUCUCGCCCCGCCCCAGCCUCCCAGUCCACUCCGCCAGCCCCAACUUAGGCGAGCGCAGUCGGGACCCCUCUGUAGGGGCUCUUUGUUCGCCGCCCCUCGGCGUUCCAGCGCUCAACCUUGCUCCCAGCAGCCCCCGCCAGCGCACUCGACCUACAGGAAAGUUGCUCCCGAGCUGUGGAGGGGCGUCAUCGCCUCCUAGCAACGCUCCUAGCAACCGGGUAACAUCUGCUCCCUGUGGUCCAAUGCGAGCGGAGAACAGCUGCGCGCCCGCCUAGAGCUGCGAACCCGGAGUGAGAGGCGCUUCAGAGACUGGAGGGACGGACCUGCAGGAGCUCGGGCUGCCCGCCGAGCUGCAGUUACCGCUGCUGCCGCUGUCAGUGCCCGACUGAAGAGUGACAGCCCCAAAAGCAGGAGUGAGCACCGAACCCCGCGCCUCUACCUAACAGGUGCAUGCGCCGAUCUGGUGAGUGGACCCAGCUCGCAAGGCUUUCUCCUGACUUGAGAACCAGUUCAUAUCAGUGCAGUCCUGACUCGCCCGAUGUUAUUUGUGUCUGUCUCCUUGUUUCAAGAUCUCAGGUAACCAUUCAUGAGCCUGAGGCUGUGAGAAAUGCUCGCUGUGCAAAGGGGAACUCUCAGCAGAUUUUCUGAAACUGUUCUAGAAAUACACUUUUCGGAUUGAUUCAGCAUUACCAGCUUAUCCAAAAAAAGUAUUAACAUAUACAUUAACAACGUCGAAAGUAGCCUACUUUAAGAGAAAAUAUGCAGAAGAAGAAGAUUUACAUCAAGAUUACCAUGGGUAUUUUCCAAAACACCUGAUAUUACCUGAGGACAGAACUUGCAUUCUCAAACUUUCUCUGGAGAAGCUCAGGUUUCUUGAAGACCCAGAAACCUACUUAAGAAGGUCUGUGUUAAUUAACAAUUUGCUGAGGAAGAUACAUCUAGAGACGGAGAAAGAGAGCUAUGAAUACUUUAAAGAAGCUCCCUGUUAUAAGACUGCAUAUUCUGAUACAAGAAAACGGCUGAAGUUUAUGGUACAAGAAUGCUGUUCUCAGUCUCUCUAUUAUGAAGAGCUGCAUUCGUAUCAUAUUGUGCCUUAUGCUUCGGAGAAUGCCAUUUAUGAAAUGGGCUACACUAGCAGCCACUUGGAGCAAAAUUCUCAGUUGCUUAUUUAUAAAAUGAAUUAAAGUAACUGUUAAGUCCAUUGA